AUGAUUACAUCACUGGCAUCAACCGAUGACAGAAAAAGUUCAUUAAUUGUUGCUGGCCUUGGAUUAGCUGGUAUUGCUCUCGGAGGAAGAUGGGCAAUGAUUGCCAUGCAAAGGAUAAAAUCUUCAAACAUAUCGAUUACAGUGCCGAAGCUGAAUUUAAAAGGAUAUUAUAAAGGCGGAUUUGAGGAAAAAAUGACAAGAAGAGAAGCUGGCUUAAUCUUGGGAAUAAGUAUCAGUAUAGUAGCAUCAGUUUGCGCUUACUACAACAUAGCCGUUAUCGAGACAUUAACAUUAAAGUUUACUAUUAAUAGCUCUACAUCAGGUGGUUCCCCAUACCUGGCAGCGAAAAUAAAUGAAGCUAAGGACUACCUUGAAAAGGAAAAGAAAUCAAUUUAA